AUGGCUCCUCCCGGCGCCUUCGGACACCUGAGCCUGGCGCUGGGCGCCGCCGUGGCCGCCCUGGGCUCGCUCCUCUUCAUCGCCUGGAGAACCUACUUCCCCGGCGGCGGCCGCUGGGGGGCGCGCUGGGAGCCGCCGCUGGCCGCGGGGCAGCUGGAUUUCUCCAUGCGGCAGGCCCUGGUGCUGGGCCUGGAGGGAGCUGGGAAGAGCAGCGUUCUCCACUACAUCUCCAGCGAGGCAGCCAAGGACCGCACAGCUCCCACCCAGGGCUUCAACUCAGUCCAAGUGUACGCAGACGGCUUCCAGAUAGACCUGCUGGAACUUGGUGGCAGCCAGAACCUGCGAUUUUACUGGAACCAGUACCUGAGUCAGGCCCACGUGCUGGUGUUCGUAGUGGACUCUGCAGACAGGCCACGCCUCCCCGCAGCUCGACAGGAGCUGCAUUGGCUGCUGGCUGAGGAUCCUCGGUUGCCCUUGGUCGUCCUGGCCAAUAAACAGGACAAGAGUGAUGCCCUGAGCGUGGCUGAGCUGCACCGGGAGCUGGCCCUGCACACGCUGAACGAACAGAGGGAGUUCUUCCUGCUGCCCACGAGCGCCACUCACGCCGCGCUAGCCACUGCCACCAGCAUCCGGCACGUGAAGAGUCUGCUGGUGGAACUGCUCUCCCAGCUCUGA